AUGUCCUUAGCCUCGUCUGCACCUCCGCGGCCUGCUCUUCUCAACAAGACGACAAACGCGCUGCUGUCGCCUCGAAAGCACAACUCAGAGUCGAGUAUGGGCAGUGACGAUAAUGUUAGUAAGCAGGUGACUAGGAACCAUACCCCAUCGUCUCCUAUCCAACUUGUUGGGAAGAAACGGAGUAUAGACCAGGUCGAUGUAGACCAGCAUAGACCUAGCACCGCCGCCAGUUCGUUUAAUAGCCAGAAUAGGAGGGAGGACGAGUUUUAUAUCUACGAUGAGAGCACACAUUCUAGUAUGGAUAUUGAUAAAGAAACAUCCUUCUUGCAGUAUUCUUCACAUAAUAAAGCCUCUGAUAGUCAAGAGCAAGCUGCUGAGAAAGGAUGCUCACAGGAAAGCACUAGUAUCUCAUCGCUCCUUAAUUUGAGCUUUGAGUCUGAGGGUGGCAAUUAUAGUAACAAUAGGAAUAUUAAUAAUGCUAAACGGAACUCCCCGUUAAGCUCGCCUAAUCCCCCACAAAAAGCUACAAGAGACCAAACAAUAUCUUCUUCCUCCUCUAUACCCACCGACCCAGAGGCAAGGAAACUAUUUAUCCAACAGAAAGCCGGGUUACUCCGAGAAAAGGUCCAAAUAGCCAUGAAAAAUAUUAGGGAUCACAGCGAAAUGGACCGCCGCAUCAAGGAGCUCCAAGCUUUGUGCCACCAGACAUGGAAUACUGCAAAUCAACAAGCAACCUCUUCUUCAUCUCGUUCCGAAACGCGCUCUGAUUUGGCUUCAGGGGUGCAAGAAGGCCCUUCUGCAGCUUCGCUUGGCCAGAAAAAUGAUCAGAAGAACGGGGGCUAUGCUGCCACUCCAACACAGCAGAACAUGAACCAGCAGCCCCAAGUUCCCUUGCCUAGUCAACCAGCAGGCAACAAUCCGCCAGUUCAACCACAAAGUGUCAACAACGCACCAACUGUUCCUGUUAUUCAAAAAGAAAAAACUACAGUCGAUAGAAAGGCGCUCAGAGUUAACCAUGAGAUCGCGGUAGAUGGACUUUUGAAGCUUAUGAAGACCACCUCUGAGUAUGAUGCACUAGAUGAGUGGACUGGUCCAUAA